AUGAGGACUAGUAAUCACUCCAGUUACCCCCUCUCCAUUAUUGAUGUUGCUGGAAUGGAUGACAUGGUUACAGUUUUGCAAGUCGCUGAGAUUUUUGAGGAGCAAGCGAAAGGAUCCCCUUUCACCUGGUGGAAUAAUCAAGAAGACAACCCUAUUGCUAAGAAGAUUGAUCACUCCCUCAUCAAUCAGGCUUGGUCGAAUUCGUUUUUUGAUUCAUAUGCAGACUAUUUGGAGCGUGGCCAGUCUGAUCACGCGCCAUGCCUGUUCAGAAUGCCAUCUCUUAGGCGACAAAUACGUAAGUCUUUCAAGUUCUAUCAUCACAUAAUUGAUCACCCUGAGUUCCUGCUCAACAAGAGGCAUUAUAGUGGCAUCUCGGAACGUGUUAAAGAGCAGGGAGCAAGAUAUAGUGGCAUCUCGGAACGUGUUAAAGAGCAGGGAGAAAGAGUGGAGGUGUUACAAUGGGUCCUGCUUACUAAUCCGAACAGAGCAACGACUGUGGAGGAGCAUCGUGAGAGAGACAAGCUAAACAAAUUGUUCACAGCAGAGCAAAAGUUCUAUAGACAACGCUCGAGGGUCCGAUGGGCAGACAUUGGAGACAGGAAUACAAGCUUCUAUCAUAAGACAGUGGAUCAGCGGGCCUACCUUGCUAGGGAAGUCGAGGCAGCUGAAAUCAAGGCCACACUCUUCUCUAUGCCGCUCAACAACAGCCCCAGUCCUGAUGGUUAUUGUGUGGAAUUUCUCCGAGCCUCGUGGGAGACAGUGGGUAACGAUGUCAUUGCUGCUGUAGCUGAGUUUUUCAGGAAUGGUCGUCUGUUGAGAGAACUCAACACAACAGCUAUCUGCCUGAUCCCUAAAUCUCCCGAAGCCUGCAAGUUGGGGGACUACAGACUGAUAAGUUGUUGCAACAUUAUAUACAAGCUCAUUACGAAGAUCAUUGCCAAUAGAUUGAAGCCGAUCCUGCAGCUGUGUGUUAGUCCCAACCAAACAGCCUUCCUCAAAGGUCGAAGCUUGGGAGACAACGUCCUUCUAGCAACAGAGCUGAUAAGGAGCUAUAACUCUGACCGUGUCUUAAGAGUUUUGUUGGAGGCACAAAGCUUCCCUCCGCUCUUCAUAACUUGGAUUAAGGAGUGUAUUACCUCCCCACGGUUCUCUAUUGCAAUUAAUGGUGAGCUUGCAGGCUUCUUCCCCGGGCAGAAAGGACUGCGACAGGGAGACUCUAUUUCACCUUACCUCUUCAUAAUGAUCAUGGAAGUGCUCUCCAAGCUUCUAGGGAAAGCGGCCGAUGAAGAAGGCAUGAAUCUCCAUCCGCUAUGUCAAACGCCGAGGAUAAUUCACUUGAUGUUUGCUGAUGACCUACUUGUCUUCUCUGACGGGUCUUUUCAUUCAGUCUCUAGAGUAAAAGAGAUUGAAGCAGCAGUUAUAAGUGACUUGGCAGGCUUUAGGAGAGGUUCAUUCCCCACUCGAUACCUUGGUCUUCCUCUGGAUCCAAACAGAAUCAGUUUUGCUACGCUUCAGCCAUUUCUGGAGAGGAUUACAUCUAAGCUUAAUUCAUGGACAGUCAAUAGCCUCUCAUUCGCUGGGAAAUUUUUGAUCUCCCCAAGCGUUUCUAUACGAAAAAUGAUUCCCUCUGCUCUGCUUUCCUAUGGGGGCAGCAGGACUUUCUCUGCUCAAGGGGCUAGAGUUAGCUGGGAGAGUAUUUGUAAACCAAAAUGUGAGGGUGGUCUUGGAAUUAGAAAACUAGAAGAGUUCCAGGAGGUCUUUCAACUGAAAAGGGUAUGGAACUAUUUCUCCACAGGCUCGUCUCUUUGGGUGGAAUGGCUUAAGGAGAAUGUGUUUAAGAGGAAGUGCUAUUGGGAAAUACAGACCUCUCAGCGACUCUCUCCUACUGUGAGAGGAAUGAUCGGGAUCAGAGAUACGGUUCGGGAGUUCUUGCGCUGCUCAGUUGGACACGGUCGAGCUGCAACAUUUUGGUUUGAUUGGUGGUCGGAUCUGGGCCCGUUGAUAACUGCGCUGGGAGAAGCAGGUCCGCAUGACCUACGUAUUCCUAUCUCAGUGUUCGUGUCUGAUGAUAUGGUCAACGGAGAUUGGUCGCUCCCUGCUGCAAGGUCGGAAGAAGCAGUAACGCUGCAAAUUGUGUUAUCCACGAUGGCCCCUCCAACUUCUGAGCGAGGUGCUGAUAAAUUUCUUUGGAGGAAUGCCGCAGAUCACUUUCUUCCGAAGUUCUCAAGUAGAGAUACUUGGAAUAGAAUUCGGGUUGGAGCUACCACUGUCUCUUGGCAUAAACUUGUUUGGUUCAAAGAGGAAAUACCGAGAUGUUCUUUCAUAACAUGGCUAGCGAUCCUUGGACGUCUGCCUGCAAGAGACAUGCUCUCCUCUUGGGGCUUGUCGAUUCCAUUGAACUGUGUCUUAUGUUCAUCAGGAAUUGAGAACCAUGAUCACUUGUUCUUUCGCUGUCCGUACGCGAUUCCAUUGAACUUGUUCUUUCGCUGA